AUGUCCUCCACUACGCGACCCCUGUCACCCUCAUCGUUGCUUGCUCAAUCGGCCUUCGAUCUCCGAAGGGCACGCUUCUCAGACCUGGCCGCUGCGGCACGCAUGUGUUCUCGUGCUUUUGACGACGACGUGCUCUUCGGCCGCCUGAUCCAUCCUUAUCGGAAGUCCUACCCCGGGGAUGUCGACAAGUACUGGUAUCGCCGGUUCGUCGUCGACUGGUGGGACCCGAGCCAUAUUUUCCUUGUGACAACGGUGCCUUCUGCGGAGUAUGAGGAUAAUGGGGAGGAAAUCGUGACUGGGUUCGCACAUUGGAGUCGGAUAGCUCCCAGCUGGAGGGACAAUUACAAGGCCGGCUGGGGGUGGGCCUGGUGGGAUCCGAGACGUCUACUCCGACCGAUAUCGAGGCUGUUUGUGAGACUUCUCGCGUGGCUCUCGCCCAAUCGUGCAGCGUCGCGGAAGGACGAGUUCAUUGUCGAACGAUCUUACAACUAUCUCGACCAUAUCUGGACCGGCCAACGUUCCGAGUGCUGGUACCUCGAAUGCCUCGCCGUCCAUCCUGACUACCAAAAACAGGGCCAGGGCCGUGCGCUCGUCAUGAUGGGCCUGUGGCAAGCCCAGAGGGAAGGCGUCGCGUGUAGUGUGAUCGCCGCAGAUGGCAAAGAGAAAUUCUACCAGGCCUGCGGGUUUGAUGUCGGACCGGUCGGCAGGUCUGGUGAGGGAGAAGGGAAUCCGUUGAAAGAAGUUCCAGGUGGAUUGGUAUUCUUCAAGGAUAAAGAAGGUCUGGUGCUCCCCGACAGGCAGUUUGGAUCGUGGAUGGAUGGGCAUGGUGUUUUCGACUGGGAUGAAUGGAAGAAAGGUGUUGAGACCAAGAGUACUGAUAACCAGGAGCCUGAGUAA